AUGGCGAUAAUUGUGGUGCAUUGUAAACCCUGCAGAAUAUUGUGUCAAUGUCAUUGGACCUCAUUGGAUUUAUUCUACUUGUAUCUAUCUUUUCGAAGGGUGUUCGUGUUGCAUAAUAAUAAUAUUCUUGUCAACCAGUGAAUAUUUCUGUACGAAAAUGGCAUCAGUUUUUUGUUUUAUCAAAGCUGCUCUAAUACCAAGCGUAAAAGCGCAAGACGAUGUUUCGAAUCCACAAGAAGAACUUAAGGAAAAGUGUGGAGAACGGCCGAAAAUAGCUGCUUACUACGAAAAAUUGCAAACAUGCAAUGACCGAGUUAAUUCUCGAACAAAAACUGAAGAGACUUGUGCUGAAGAACUAUUCGAUUACAUGGAUGCAUUGAACGACUGUGUGGCCGAAAAGUUGUUUUCAAAGUUGAAGUAAAUUCAAUCAAACCGAUUCAACUAUUUGCAAAAAGAUCUUUAACAUCAACUCUUUUGGAUUACCAAAUACAAUAAACUAGUAAAAUAAAAUUAAUAACUUAUAAUUGGAUAUAUCCAAUAUAUAUAUUUGUCUUUGAAUAUAUGGAAUAGACAAUUGAAGAUGUUCCGGAGACAUAAUGUA